CCGCCGCCCGCCCACUCCAGCCGGGCCGCCGCCGCCGCCUCGGAGGAUCCGGGAGCGGGAGCGACAGUCGGGAGCCGGUCGCGAGCCGCCGCCAUGGGGAACCGCGUUGCGCGGGAAGACUUCGAGUGGGUCUACACCGACCAGCCCCACGCCGACCGGCGCAAGGAGAUCCUGGCAAAGUAUCCGGAGAUAAAAUCCUUGAUGAAGCCUGAUCCCAACCUGAUCUGGAUCAUCAUCAUGAUGGUUCUCACGCAGCUGGCUGCGCUGUACUUAGUGAAGGACUUGGACUGGAAAUGGGUCAUAUUUUGGGCGUAUGCCUUUGGCAGCUGCAUCAACCACUCCAUGACUCUGGCCAUUCACGAGGUUUCCCACAACAGUGCCUUCGGCCACUACAGAGCCAUGUGGAACCGCUGGUUUGGGAUGUUCGCCAACCUUCCCAUCGGCGUGCCGUAUUCCAUCUCCUUCAAGCGCUACCACAUGGAUCACCACCGCUACCUCGGCGCCGAUGGCAUCGAUGUGGACAUCCCCACCGAUUUUGAAGGCUGGUUCUUCUGCACCACUUUCCGGAAGUUCAUCUGGGUGGUCCUCCAGCCUCUCUUCUACGCUUUCCGACCUCUGUUCAUCAAUCCCAAGCCGAUCACUUACCUGGAAAUCAUCAAUACCGUGGUCCAGCUCGCAUUCGACGUGAUCGUUUACUACGUGUUGGGAGUUAAAUCAUUAGUCUACAUGUUGGCAGCGUCCUUACUCGGUCUGGGUUUGCAUCCGAUCUCUGGACAUUUUAUAGCCGAACAUUACAUGUUCUUAAAGGGACAUGAAACCUACUCGUACUACGGGCCUCUGAAUUUACUUACCUUCAAUGUGGGCUACCAUAACGAACACCACGACUUCCCCAACAUUCCCGGGAAAAACCUCCCGCUGGUGAGGAAGAUAGCGGCCGAGUACUACGACAACCUGCCCCACUACAACUCCUGGAUCAGAGUCCUGUACGACUUCGUGAUGGACGACACCAUCAGCCCCUAUUCGAGGAUGAAGCGGCAACAGAAAGGCAAGGUGGACCUGGACUGACCGAGGUCACAGCCGGAGGGAUUCCUCUCUGACGCCCCCAGCGGCCACGGGUGGGAUCAGCGGCCGGCCGCCCGCGGACAGUUCCCAGCGCGGUCCCCGGGACCAAGAAGCUAACCGGCUCCCGGCAGGCGGCCUGGCCACACAGCGUUCGGCUUCCCACGCAGGAAGCGCGUUUGUGUCUGUGUUGUCGAGGACGGCCUGUGACGUUGGACAAGCAGAUGACAAAGAGCUUCACAAAGCUACUCCUCCGAUAUUAUUUUCACUAUGAAUCGUUCCUUUAUUAUAACAGCUAAUCGCUUAGCAGUUAGUCACAAUAAAUAGUAUUUAUC